AACGUUUGCAGAGCUAAUUUGCCAGAAUCAAAUAAAUUUUAUAUCAGAUCUUUUGUGGCUUGCAAAUGCAUUUUAAAAACUAUCUUCAAGCCGGGAAACAUAGAAAAGUUUAGACUGGAAAUUGAGUUGAUGCGCAGAUGUGACCACGCGAAUAUUGCCAAGAUUUACGAGUUUUAUGAAGAUGAGAAAUAUUUGUAUUUACUGGAAGAAGCAUGUUACGGUGGAGAAUUGUUUGAUUACAUAACCAGCCCAAACUACACAGGCGAUAUUGAUAAAAAAGAAAAUCCAAAGAAAGCAGCGCAACACUUGGAAGUUAUUAGCAGGAUUUUGAUGAAACAAUUACUGAACAGUGUAAGCUAUUUACACUUGCGUGGUAUUGUGCAUCGGGACAUAAAACCAGAAAAUAUAAUUUUAAAAUAUAAAAACGAUAUAUCGAACGUAAAGCUUGUUGACUUUGGGUUGAGCAGCAAGUUAACUGACGAAAAACUGAAAGAAACAGUUGGUACGCCUUAUUACAUAGCACCUGAAGUGUUGGAUAAAUCGUAUGAUUAUCGUUGUGACAUUUGGUCCCUCGGUGUGUUGCUGUACAUAUUAAUUUCUGGUUCGCCGCCGUUUUACGGAAACACAGAUAGCGAAAUCAUCGAAGCAGUUAGAAAUAAGAAAUAUUCAUUUUCCAGUUCGUUUUGGAAAUAUGUGUCUAACGAAUGUAAAGAUUUGAUUUCGAAAAUGUUGGUAUACCCCCCUGCGGAUCGCUAUACUGCUAGUCAAUGUAUACAGCACCCAGUUCGAUAA